AUGGAACUGAAGAUCACGCUCAAAUCGAUCGUCCUUUUUCAGUGGACAAUGUCGCUACUCGCGCUUUCUACAAAUUGGUUGCCACUUGGAUAUAUGCUCACGCAGUUCAGCUUGAUUAUUCUUGGAGUUUGGUGCGUCGUACAAAGGGACGAUUCGCUCCAAGUCUUUUUCUACGCCUCCUGUACUGGAAUUUCUACAGUUACUGACUCGAUUCUUGUCGGAGCAAAUUAUCCAGAUGAAUUGUCGGGCUUGGGGAAAUUCGCCGCAGCAAUGGCCAUAAUUUUCAUAAUCACGAAGCCUUUCCAAGCCCUGUUUUUGCAUCAAAUUUACAAGGAGAGAGGGGGACAGACUUCUUUUGGAAAUAUUGGUCUACCGGGUCUUUCAUCGGCGUACGAGGAUUUAGAUUCACUCUCGGAAGAAGGCAGAGGCCACUACAAACCAAUGAGGACGGUGGAAGAUAUUCAAGACUUGCCUUCUUAUCAAUAA